GCCCAGCCUCCUCCACCCCCACACGCUCCGGCCCCCUCCCUCCCCGCCACCACCGUCCGCGCUCGGCCGGCCGCGGGGAAGAAAGGAGCCAGGAGGCGGAGGCAUGGACCCGCAGCCCCCUCCACCGGCCCAGGGCAGCCCUCACCGUGGCCGGGGCCGGGGUCGCGGCCGGGGCCGGGGUCGUGGCCGAGGCCGAGGCCGGGGAGGCGCUGGAGCCCCUCGCGCGCCCCUACCCUGCCCCACCUGCGGCCGCCUCUUCCGCUUCCCCUACUACCUCUCCCGGCACCGGCUGAGCCACUCGGGCCUCCGCCCCCACGCCUGCCCCCUGUGCCCCAAGGCCUUCCGCCGGCCCGCCCACCUCUCCCGCCACCUGCGCGGCCACGGGCCCCAGCCCCCGCUGCGCUGCGCCGCCUGCCCCCGCACCUUCCCCGAGCCUGCCCAGCUCCGGCGCCACCUGGCCCAGGAGCACGCGGGCGGAGAGGUCGAGCUGGCCAUCGAGAGGGCGGCCAAGGAGGCGGCCGAGUCCAGCUGGGGCCCGUCGGACGAGGGCGCGGAGCAACCCACGACGACGGCGGGGGCCGCCGAGGAGGCCGCGUGGCCUGAGACGUGGCCGGCGGGGGAGCCCGCCUCGGUGGCCGCCCCCACGCCCCCCGAGCCCCGGCAGUCGGAGGAGGAGGAGGCCGAGGCGGGGGCGGCGGAGCUGCGGGCCGAGCUGGCGCUGGCGGCGGGGCGGCAGGAGGAGAAGCAGGUGCUGCUCCAGGCCGACUGGACGCUGCUGUGCCUCCGCUGCCGCGAGGCCUUCGCCACCAAGGGCGAGCUCAAGGCCCACCCGUGUCUGCGGCCCGAGGGCGAACAGGAGGGCGAAGGGGGGCCCCCGCCGCGCCCCAAACGCCACCAGUGCUCCAUCUGCCUCAAGGCCUUUGCCAGGCCCUGGUCGCUGUCCCGCCACCGGCUGGUGCACUCCACCGACCGCCCGUUUGUCUGCCCGGACUGCGGCCUGGCCUUCCGCCUGGCCUCCUACCUCCGCCAGCACCGCCGCGUCCACGGCGCGCUCAGCCUCCUGGCCCCGCUGCCCGGGGCGGCCAAGAAGGACGACAAGGCCGCGGGCGGACGGAACUCAGGGAAGGGGCCCGACGGGGGCGACGGCGCGGUGGAAGGCGGGGAAGGCGGGCAGAACGGCGGGGACGCCGCCCCGGCCCGGCCCCCCGCCGGCGAGCCCCGCUUCUGGUGCCCCGAGUGCGGCAAGGGCUUCCGGCGCCGCGCGCACCUGCGCCAGCACGGGGUGACCCACUCGGGCGCGCGCCCCUUCCAGUGCGUGCGCUGCCAGCGCGAGUUCAAGCGCCUGGCAGACCUGGCCCGCCACGCGCAGGUCCACGCCGGGGGCCCGGCCCCGCACCCGUGCCCCCGCUGCCCGCGGCGCUUCUCGCGCGCUUACAGCCUCCUGCGGCACCAGCGCUGCCACCGCGCAGAGCUGGAGAGGGCCGCGGCGCUGCAGGCCCAGGCCCAGCCGUCGCCCCCGCCGCCCCCGCCGCCGCCAGCCGAGCCCCUCCAGGAGGAGGAGGGGGAGGAGGAGCUGCCGCUGCACAUCAAGGAAGAGCCCCCCUCCCCCGGCACCCCGCCCCGCUCCCCGCCGGCGCCCCCCGUCUUUCUCAGCGCCUCCUGCUUCGACAGCCAAGACCACUCGGCCUUCGAGAUGGAGGACGAAGAGGUGGACAGCAAGGCUCACCUGCGCGGCCUGGGGGGCCUGGCCUCCUGACCCGCACCCGGCCGACGGCCCCUCCAUUCGAGCCCACCGGUUGGCAAUUUGGAGGAGGGAAGUUGAAGGAGAGGCACCACCUCCGUCUACCUGCCCUUCCCCUUCCAGCCCUUGACACUAAGGAGGAGGGAGGAGGGCCCUGGACCUCCUC